UCGUGUCCAGGCAAAACACGAGCUUCUGUUCAAAAGCGCUUCUUUACAAACAAGUUGGAGAGCGGCGAGAGGAGGAGGAGGAGGAGGAGGAAGAAGGUCCGAGCGUGAAGAGUGCACUCGGAUUUACACUUCAAACUGGACAUAACAACAAGCUCUGACCUUCAUCUUCCCACAGAUACUUAAUAACACAAUAUCAAAAGAAAAACAAGAAAAAAAGUGGCGGGUGAUUUCCGCUGAUGGAGGAUGACGAGGAGGAUACACCUUUACCGUUUCCAGCCAACCCACUGCAGAUUGCAGACUCCAGACCAGAGAACAUGCCACUGAUUCAGACCACGCCUCGCUUCCGGAACUCGGGCUCCGUCCCCAGCGCGGUCAGUCCCGUCCACCGCUCCCUUCACGGAGCCGUGGAACUGGGGCUUCUGUCCACGCCGUCAGGAUCCACAGACGAUUCACUUCUUCACAAUUUAAUCCUCUUCCCCGGAGGAGACUCUGGCUUCACGGCUCUGGUUCCGAAUGCGUCGGAGCAGUCGGGAGAAGACGACGAGCAGGACGAAGGGAAAGGGGAGGAGAGAGAAGAGGACAGGACGAGCGUGGAAGUGCAGAUCGGACGGAAGCUGCGCGAGAUCGGAGAUCAUUUCCAGCAGGAGCACAUGCAGCUGUAUCGGAGAAACCGACAGCCCAUUUGGUGGCGCUUAGCAACGACGCUUUACGACUUUCUGUUACCGAGGGAGUUCAUCGGACAGUGAGGAGGUCAACGCGCGAAGGAGUCCUCCGUCUCUGGGUCCUAGUGUCUGCCCUGGCGGUUACCCGUGCCCUUAAACAGGCCUUUUGAGGAGAACUUGGAAAACAGACAGGAAGUGAGGAGGAGUGCGAGUCGCCGCUGGACGGAGACGGUGUCCCCACUACCGCUCACGAAGAAGCCAUCUUUAAAAUGGAGCUAGUUUUUAUGUUUUGUUUUUUAAAUUCCUUUUUUUUGUCGCUUAUUAUAAUUUUGCCUCUUAGUCUGCGAAUGCCUUACAAGUGGAUCGAGUCAAGAAGCAAAGAAAAAGAAAAUUUUGCUUCCGAGAUCAAAGGACUUCAGGAAAGUUCCGGAAAUUAGGAAAUGUGAAGGAGCAGCAGCCUCAAAAAAACUCUCUCUCUCUUUUUUUUUUUUUUAAAAAAAAAAGUGUAUUUAUUUUUUAAUUUCUUACUGGUUAAUUUUUUUUCCUGUCCUAUCUUUUGAGACAGUUUUCUGCUGAUCUCAGCACAAGUUUUUACUGAACAGUUUGUUCUCUUUUGGAAGGAAAAACAUCGUCACUGCACGUCUGUCGCCUUAAAAUCAAUUCUAAACAUCUGAGCCUUUUGUAACCUGAGCCUUUAAGAUCCUCAGGGCUGAGAGACAUUUUCACGAGCGUGAUUUAUUCCCUAAGCUUUCUACACUCGCUUUUACCGAGACGUUCGGUCUCUGAACCGGACGAUUUUUAAACGCAACUUUUAUCAUUUACUAAAAAAAAAAAACAUUUUCUUUGUUUAACGUCGUAAAUCACGUUUCUACAUUAAUAGAUGUAGAUUGUUUCUACAAAAAUGAUUUUUUUUUUCUUUAAUUUUUAAAGGUUUUUAACUAGGUCCUAAAGAUGUUAAAAUACUUUUAGUGAACAAAUCAGGAAAUAAAAAAAAAAAAAAAUUGAAAUAAUGUCUGAUUUUGUAAAUAUGUUUACAGUCAGGUUUAAAAAAAUUUUACUAGAAAAAGUUUUUUUGUAUUAAAUGUUAUAAAAAAUUCUAUAAAAAUUUGAACUGCAAAAUUUUUUGUAUGGAGUUUUAGCUCGGAUUUUAAAGCCUGACUGUAAACAGAAGCGAGAUCGAAUUGGAAGGAAUUCCGUGCUGUCGAAGCAAUACCGCACCGUCCGAUCAACACAAUCAGACACUGUCAGACACAAUCAGACACCCCGGUCCCAUAAAAUCCCACACCGUUAGAACUUUUCCUUUCUGAUGUACAAUCUGCAGCUCUGAUGAGAAACUCUAGCGUUCGAGGAGCUGCGUUUCUGUCUACGAUCAACACCACUGCUGUCAAACGGGUUGUAAAAGAAAAAAACCUGUCGAUUUUUUAAUUAUUAUUAUUAUUAUUAUUAUUAUUAUUAUUAUUAUUAUUAUUAUUUUUGUUUAUUUAUCGUAAGAUUUUGUAAAAGAAUAAAUAAAUAAAUAAAUUAAAUGAAAUAUAAAAUAUGGAGUUUAAAGAAGAGAGAAAAUGUUUCCUGAUUCAUGUCGAGUUUCCUCUCAAGCCAUUAACUUAAGCCAAUAAGAAUUAUGGUGCAUUUUGUAAAAAAUAAAAAUAAAAAAAUCGCUCUUCCGGUAAAUAAACGAGGCCCUUAUUGAUCAAAGCUGCGCUGAUUUCAAGACAAAUCUUUAUUGGGAUUUUCCAAAAAUGUCCGAAGAUUUUUUAUUUUUAUUUUAUUUAUUUUUCUUUACUUUAAAAUGAAAACAUUUUUGUUUUCUUUCUUUAAUAAUUUCAGCUGUGUGGGAAAAAUCCCUCAUCUGAGUUUAUAAAACAUCUGUGUUUCAUCUAAAUCUAAUCUAAUCCAAUAUAAGUACAAUCUAAUCCAAUCUAAUUCUAAUCUAAAUCCAAUCUAAUUCCAGUCUAAAUAUAAUCUGAUUCUAAUCGAAUCCAAUCUAAUUCUAAUUCCAAUCUAAUUCUAAUCUAAAUCCAACCUAAUUCAAAUCUAAUCUUAAUCCAAUCUAAUUCUAAUCUAAUUCCAAUCUAAAUAUAAUCUGAUUCUAAUCUAAUCGAAUCCAAUCUAAUUCUAAUUCUAAUCUAAAUCCAAUCUAAUCCAAAUCUAAUCUAAUUCUAAUCUAACCCAAUAUAAUCUAAUUCUAAUCCUAAUAAAAUCUAAUUCUAGUUUAAUUUUAAUCUAAUCAUAAUCUAAUCUAGUUUAUUAGACUCUAAUCUAUCAUAUUAUAAUAAACAGGACUAGAUUAGACUGUACACUGUCUUCAGCACUUCUUGUUUCCUCUCUAAUGUAACGUUUAAAGUCCAACACUUUUACACCAAGCUUCAUGAAUAAGGGCCGGCGGUUUAUUUAUUUAUUUAAUUUAUUUAUUUAUUUUAAAAGAAUUCUAUUUGGGACCAAAACUUUUUACCCCCUAUAAGAUUUUUUUUUUUAUCAGCGUCCAAUGAGAAGGCCUGAUUUUGUCACAUGACCAGCUAAUGAAUUGGACCUAAUGUGUUGUUUUUUUUUCUAUAAGGAACUUGGUGUGUGUGUGUGUGUGUGUGUGUGUGUGUGUGUGUACACGGAGUCGCUAAUUAAUAAGAAGAAUAAGAAGAAUGAAUAGUAUUUAUUUAUUUUUGUUGUAUGUAAGUUUGUAAAAUAAAAUAGGAGAUGAAUUCGUAUGGAGGCGAAUAUCGACGCUUUAUCAGUUUUCGUUAUUCUGAUAAAAUGUAAAAAAAAGAUCACAUUUAUUAAAUCUCUAAAUGUUUUAUUUAAGAGUGAGAGCACGAGAAUUCCACACCGUCUGAGAACUAUAGAUUUAUACAGGAGACAUGUGCUGAUAAAUCACCAUCACAAUAUUCAACACACACACACACACACACUCACUAUCACACACUCAUACAUACACAAUCACACAAAUACUGUAACACACACUCACACACACUCACUAUCACACACUCAUACAUACACAAUCACACAAACACAGUAACACUCUCACACACACACACUCAUACAUACACAAUCACACAAACACAGUAACACACACACACAAUCACACAAACACAGUAACACUCUCACACACACACACUCAUACAUACACAAUCACACUAUCACACACAAACACUAUCACACACACACUAUCACACCCAUUUUCAAACACACACAAACACUAUCACACACUCAUACAUACACACUAUCACACUCACUCACUAUCACACAAACACACUAACACAUGCACUAUCACACACACACUGAAACUCUCUCACACACACACACACACACACACACACUGAAGUCAUGAUGAUGUUCUCACAGCUUUACACCCAUACUGUGAUAUUGUGAUUGUGAUUUCAAAUGGAAGAGCUCAUGGUGGUUUAUCAGCACACGCCUAGCGCUGAGUUUCUCUCUCCUUCUUACUUCACCACAAACUUUUACUUUAUACGAAAUAUCGAUAAAUGCUGAGGUGCACACACACACACACACACACACGCGCACACACACACACACACACACACGCACACCACUCACACACACACACCACUCACACAACACUGAAACCUUUCUCAAUUUUAUUUUCACUCUCUCAGACUCCUGGACACUGCAGUGCUGUUUAUUUUAAACUUCUUUUGCUCAUCAAUACAAUUGUGAUUUUAUCAGACAAUCAGAAUCCUAACGGUGCCUUAGGGCCGAACACACACCAGCUCCGUCACCAAGCUUCUCACUCACACACACACACACACACACACACACACAAACACACAUUUCCAGCUAUGGAAACCUGAGAAUCCGUGGCUGAUGUCGGCUUUAGUAACCACGAGCGCCUGAUCAAUCACACUGCUGUGACACACACACACACACACACACACACACACACA